AUGGACGGCAACAACAUCAUCAAGAACUUUAACACCUUACUAGAACAAGAACCUACAGACUUGCUUAGUAUAGACUCAGGCAAAGAUGGUGUAAGAGCUCACAUAUUUAGUGCGGACCGACUGGAGGCUGUAGCACGCCCGUCAUCGGUGGCUGGUGUGACAUGCGUACUCUGGCCUGAAAGAGGAGGAGCUGCACAGCCACGUAGGCCUCCGGUCACCGAGGAGUUACAGUCACCUCUGUUAAAACAUGAGAAAGGCCAGUCUGAUUUUGUCUAUGGUCCAUACUCGGAUAUCUUGUCUCUGAUAGAGUCUUUGAAUUCUCCGCUAUCCUCUACUUUCAACUUGAGGGACUUCUGGAGACUGAUGCGAUCAAUAACACGCUCUUAUUAUCGCAAUUCUGUGGGUGGCUUACUAGUCUUUGACAUCACAAAUCGACGAUCUUUCGAACAUGUGAAAGACUGGCUAGAAGAAGCAAAAAUGCAUGUGCAGCCCUUUCAGAUUGUGUUCCUGUUAGUGGGACAUAAAUGUGACUUAGUGUCACAGCGUGAGGUUACAAGAGAAGAAGCUGAAAAACUGUCAUCGGACUGUGGUAUGAAAUAUAUAGAAACUUCAGCAAAAGAUGCCACAAAUGUCGAAGAGUCUUUUACAAUUCUUACACGAGACAUCUAUGAACUUGUAAAAAAAGGAGAAAUCUCAAUACAAGAUGGAUGGGAAGGUGUCAAGAGCGGCUUUGUUCCAAAUGUUGUACACUCAUCAGAAGAAGCUGUAAAGCCCAGAAGACAGUGCAUCUGCUGAAUUUGUAGCAUGCCAAAGAGCACAUCGGGUGUUCAGAAGAUGAUGCCAACCUAAAUAACAGAAUAAUAAUUUUGAAACAAUAUUAGAUCAUGACAUAGGUGAAUCAUAGAAUGGUAAUUUGGUUUUGUAUCCUUCUGUCUAGGUCAUAACUUCAUAAAACUUUAAGUGCUUUUUUUUUCUUUUCAGAGUACAGUAACUUUGUGUGGUCUUCAGGAAAAGAAAUUAUAUAUUGCUAAAGGAAAAACUAAUCCUAUAGCAUGACACUGAGAAAGCGCAAUAAUCAUCCUGACAAAUCCUCUCUUGGGCUUUGUAUUUUGAAUACUGUUUAAAAUCAAGGCUUGCUAGGUGAGGAUGAGAUGAGCUCAUUACUUUUGUUCAUCCUGCCUUAGUUUUGGACAAGAAAAUAUUAUACCUUAUACUUUUUUUAUGUGAUUCUUUACUCCAGUGCAGGGUUGUGAAUGACCAUUAAAGUUUAGAAUGCUGUAGAAUUUCAUAAUAAAGAUAACUGUAACGAAAGCAA